AUGGAGGCCUCUUACAAGUCGAGGCCCGGGAAAGAAGCUCCCUCCUUGUUGAGCUCCUACAGGUGGCAGAUGGUCCCCCACAACGGGGAGAAGGUGCCAAAGUUUGCCCCGAGUCCAGCAUCCGGGCGCAGAGGCAAACCGCAGAGAUGGAGGCGCGCACAAAGCCAGACGGAGAGUGAGUUUUCUGAGCCCAGCAGUGAGCGGAAAGUGCCCGCAGCAACGUCCUCCCCAGAUGGCCGAGCUGCUGCCAAGAGGUCGGUCUUCCAGAGGGCUUUCUCUACCCCUGCCAAGAUGCCCAAAGCCCAGGAAGGAGGUGGUGGUGGCAGCAAGCUGAACCUACGGAAGUAUCUGCGCUCCAUGUCCCACUGGAAGCACCAGGAAGCUGUGCCCCAGGAAGCAAGGCCAGGGGGGGAUUCUGCUGCCCAGCCGCCUCCGCCAGCUCUGGGGACUCCUCCUGAGGCCGCCCUCUGGGAUGUGGCCGACAUCUCUCUGCUGGACCGACAGCUGCUGUUCCUGGGCAGAGAUGAGGCGAGUCUGCUCCAGAGCCGGGAACGAACCAGCAGUUCUGUUUCAGAGUCGAGUUCUGUGUACCCAGUUCUGCAUGGCCAGAUGACCUAUGCAGCUAAAGAGCAAAGCCUCUUGGACAGAAGGGGCUUCCCUGGCCGAAGGCUGCCUCCAGAGGCUUCCUCCUCUGGCCCCCAGCUCAGCAGUGUGAAGGGCCUGCUGUGGCGCCGGAGGCGUCUCCGAGACCGGAAGGAGCGGACUUCAGCCAGGACUGACCCCUCGGCCGGACUUGCUGCCAGUGGCCCCAGGUAGACGGGGUGUGCCCUGCCUGCCCCAGAGCACCUCCUGCUGGACCUGAGCCACGAGAAGGACGUCCUCAUCCGCCCUCUUCACAGCAGCCUUCUGGGGAAGCAGCACUGCUUUGAGGUGCUGAGCCCUGAACAACGCCGCUGCUUCUCUUGUUCAUCUGCCGCUGAGAGGAACCGCUGGAUGGAGGACUUGCGCAGAGCUCUCCAGCCCAGUAAGGACAACUGUGAGUGGAUGGAGCACAUGUUGAGCCUUUGGGUGUACGAGGCCCGGGCCCUGGCUCCCGGGACGCCCUGCUUCUGCGAGCUGCGCCUGGAUGGGGCCCUGUAUGCUCGCACCACCACCAAGCCAGCCAGCCCUGCUGGAGGGGUCUUCUGGGGCGAGCACUUUGACCUGAGGUCUCUGCCACAAGCUCUGCAGCUGCAAGUCUGCCUGGUGCAGGAGGAGGAAGGGCUGAGGCCCAAGGGCAGCACCAUCGCCAGUGUGGUCGUCCCCCUCAGCGACUUCGCUGCCACGCGCCAGCCCCUGGAGAAAUGGUACCCCCUGGGCAGGGGCAAUCCCGGCACGCCUGCACUCCGCCUUCGAGGGCGCUACUGCAGCACCCGCGUUCUGCCCAUCGUGCAGUACAAAGAGUUUGCUGAGUACCUGACUUUCCACUACCGAGAGCUGUGUGCUGCCUUGGAGCCCUCCCUCAGUGCGAGGGACAAGGAGGAGCUGGCGGGGGCCCUAGUGCGCAUCUUGCAGAGCACUGGCAAGGCCAAGGCCUUUCUCAUUGACCUGGGCAUUGCAGAAUUGGAUCGUUUCGAUGAGCGGGAAGCCUUGAUCUUCCGUGAGAACACGCUGGCCACCAAGGCCAUCGAUGAAUACAUGAAGCUGGUGGGGGGCCCAUACCUGCUGGCCACACUGAGUGACUUUGUAGCCCACCUGUACUCUUUGAAGAGCAGCUGCGAAGUGGACCCCAGCAAAUGUCCACUCAGUGAGCUGGCUGACAACCGCUCCACCCUGCAGCGGCUCUGUGAAGAGGUCUUCCGGAGGAUUGAGGGGUCCACCCACUGUUUCCCAGCGGAGCUCAGCGAGGUCUUUGCCGCCUGGCAGGAGGAGUGCCAGGCUCGGGGCAAGGCUGGCCUUGGCCGGCGGCUCAUCUCCGCCUCCCUCUUCUUGCGCUUCCUGUGCCCAGCCAUCAUGUCGCCCAGCCUCUUCAGCCUCACUCAGGAAUACCCAGGGGAUGCCACUUCUCGCACCCUCAUCUUGGUGGCCAAGGUCACCCAGAACCUGGCCAAUGUCACCACGUUUGGGGAGAAGGAGGCCUACAUGAGCUUCAUGAAUGACUUCCUGCAGUGCCACUCAGACGCCAUGGCAGCAUUCCUCAGCCGGGUCGCCUCGAGUCCUUCCAACGCCAUCCCCUUCGCAGACUACGGGGAGUCCACUGACCUGGCCCUGGAGUUCUCCAUCCUUCACGCCCUGCUCUGGGACAUCUUCUCCAGCCUGGAAGAGGGGACCCGGGAGAGCCUGCAGCCUCUGCCCACCAUCCUGGGUGCCAUCCAGAAGGGAACGCCAGUGCCCGUUUCUGUGCAGCUGGGCCCCAGCGCAGGGCAAAGGAGAUGGAUGGGAGAGAUGCGGAGUGAGCUGACCUCAGCCAAGGAGAAGCAGCGGCUUUGUGAGGAGCAGGUGGAGAGGCUGGCUGCCCAGAAUCGAGGCCUCAUGGAGGUGCAGGCCCAGCUUCAGGAGCAAGGAGAGGUGCUCUGCAAGAGGCUGGAAGACACAGAGAGCUGCUUGGCACAGCUCAAGAGCAGACUGUCAGCUGUGGAGAGCAGCUGGAAGAAGGACCGAGGGACACUCCAAAGCACUGAAGAAAGGGCCCAAGAGCUGGAGCAUCGCUUGGCCCGAAUGGAAAGUGACCACGACCAGCUUCUCCAGGCAGUCCGACAGAUGCUGGGGUGCCAAGGGAAGCGACCCCAUUCACUGCAGCAGCGCCCGCUCUCAGGGCCGGUGUGGGUGAACAGGGGUACUGAUGGGAAUGAGGCCUAG